GUCCUCUCACACAACAGAGGCAACAUGAGGCUGUGGGCCGCCCUGCUGCUCGCUCUGAUCGCUCAAACUUUUGCUGCAGAUGAAUCCUGUAUGGGACGCUGUGAGAAUGGCUUUGACUCUCAGAGGAAGUGCCAGUGUGACUCGAUGUGCAAGUACUACAGGAGCUGCUGCUCUGACUUUGAGGUCACCUGUGGCAUGACGACUCGCGGGGACACGUUUGUGUUUGCAGAGGAUGAUGAUGGUGAGCUGUUUGACAGUACCACUCCAUCGGCUAGACAUUCAGCACAUGACCCGUCUUUCACUGUUGUCAAUCGUCAGCUGAAGCCAACAGCUGACGAACCCAUCUCAGACUUUGGUCGCAGACCUCAGCACGAUACAGAAACAGCAUUAGAAAUGACCAAACCCCCCCGACUGAUGGAUACCAUACUUCAGAAAACCCACGUGACACACACAACACCAGUUUCCCAGACAGUCCCACCUACACAUAUUGUCCCCACCACUAAACUUACUGCGCCUGAUGCAGCAGCUGAGACGACCACUGUCCCCGUCACAACAGCUGCCACCACUGAAGCCCCCGACCCAGACGCUGUGGUCUGCAGUGGGAGGCCUUUUGACUCCUUCAUGCAACAAAAAAAUGGCUCCAUAUUUGCCUUCAGAGGGGAUUACUUUUUCGAGCUGGACCAGAAGGCCGUACUUCCUGGUUACCCAAAGCUCAUAAAGGACGUGUGGGGCAUCAGCGGGCCCAUCGACGCCGCCUUCACCCGAGUCAACUGUCAAGGGAAAACUUAUAUCUUCAAGGGAAACAAGUACUGGAGGUUUGACAACGGCGUGCUGGAUGACGACUAUCCUCGAGAUAUCAGUGUGGGCUUUGACAAAAUUCCUGAUCAUCUGGAUGCAGCGUUUGCUCUGCCUGCUCCUGGUCCCAAUGGAAAAGAGAAGGUCUAUUUUUUCAAAGGGGAUCAGUAUCACAUGUACGAGUUUUUGCACCAGCCGUCUCAUGGGGAGUGUGUUACCAUGACAGCGAGGUCUCCGUCCACGCUGUUCAGGCGCUACACUGACCUGUUCUACAACAACUAUGAACGCGUGAUCAGCGAGCUCUUCUCGGACUUGCCUCAGCAUCACGACAAGCACCACUUCAUUGACAAGGACUGGAAGGGCCUCAAGUCUCCAGUGGAUGCCGCCAUGGCCGGCAGAAUGUUUGUACCUCCCUUGAGUCCCACACGACGCCGUAACGACGACCGGACUGACCAGCAGGGGGGUUUACAGCAAGGCCAGCAGUGGAACCAGCAGUACGGACAGCAGUAUGGACAGCAGUGGAACCAGCAGUACGGACAGCAGUAUGGACAGCAGUAUGGACAGCAGUGGAACCAGCAGUACGGACAGCAGUAUGGACAGCAGUAUGGACGAAGGAGGCAAAGCCGCUCACCACCCUGGGAGUCCAUGGUUGAGCGGGGGACGCAAAUGGGCCAGCGCUUUGCAGAAAGGGGGAUGGAAAUGGGUCUGAGGUUGGCUGAGAGGAGGAUGGAGAUGGAAGAGAGGCUGGGGCAAGUCUGGGACAGACGGUGGGAUCAAGACCAGGACCAGGACAGACGGAGAGAUGGUUACCGUCAGAACAGCAGAGGCAACUAUGACUCCAGAGACGACGGGUCGUACUGGGGUUCGAUCCGGGGGAGUCUGCCCAUACAGAGCGUCUACUUCUUUAGAGGAGAUACAUACUACAGAGUGGACCUCAGGACCAAGAGAGUGGACUUGGCCACGCCUCCAUAUCCCAGAUCCAUCGCCAAGUACUGGCUCGGCUGUUCAGACACCACGGGGGCAGAAAAGUAGUUUGAAAUAUCUUAGGUAUUUUUAUAUGAUAAUUUGGACUACGUUGGUGUAUAACAGAACAGUUAUUUUUUACCUGAAACAGGCUGUUGAAAAUCUGCUCAGAGUAACCCAUAAAUAACUGCUCAUUAACUUUGGCAAAUAUUGGAGAUCAAUGGAAGUAAACACACAUGUGCUGUCCACACAGCAGUCGGCCUCAACAUGGUCAAAGUUCAACUGGUUGAUGGAGCUUCACAUCAGCUGACCUACUAAAUUAAACACAACUAUAAUGGCAAUAAGCUCAAUUGAGUAAGCCUAAAAGAGAUUUCAAAUUGAAUUUAAAGGCUACAUUUUGAUAUAUAUAUAAAAACUUCAAAAUGUUUAUUUUCUCUUUAUUAAUAAUAUGCAUAUAUACAGUGAAAAACAAAAUAUAACACAGGGCUUAUAAGACUUCAACCAUCAAAGGGUCAUAAACAUUUAAUACAUGGUCGUACGGAUUUUGAGUGAUGAAAAUAAAAAAAUCCCUAUAUUGCAACAGCAGCAUCAUGUAACUGUCAAAGCAGAGGUCAGACAGCAAAGACUGUGAGCAAGGACUUUGACUGUAGGUUGUAGAUGUAAAAACAUUCUUAAAAUGCCAGUUUAGGUAGCAGAGAGCAAAAUACAAUACUACUAUAAUACAUACAGAUGUUUUACAAAAGUACUGUGUUUCUGAGUGAGUCACUUUUGUUACAUAUUCACAACCUGUUACAGUUUGUCUUACUUGUAUUUGCAUCAAUGAUAAAUAAAAACAACAGUAAGACUUUUCUGAUAUUUUUGCCGCUGUCUUCCUUGUACGACACC